AUGGAGACCAAGAGAACCGUAUAUGGCCAGUUCAUCCUUCUCGGAGACUCCCACAUUCAACAUGGGGGGAGAUUGAGCGAUGGGUUCUGCUUCGGUGGCGCGCUUACGGAACAUGUUGAAAGGCGGCUCGAUGUCAUCAACAGAGGCUUCAGUGGAUACAAUUCGAGCAAUAUUAUGGCCAUUCUAGAGCAUCUUUUUCCAUCGAUAUCUUGCGCCAAAGUUGACUAUUUACUCAUUCUCCUUGGAUCCAAUGACUCCCGCCUUCCGGAAAACUCAGCGAAUCAGCAUGUCCCACUAGAGGAGUACCGCUCUAAUAUCAAAGGCAUUCUCACUUAUCCUCUAGUCAGGAGUCACAAUCCAGUGAUAUUUCUAGUCACUCCGCCGCCUAUCAACGAGGUUCAACUAGAACAAUUUGACCGCGAUGGCGGCAACACUGUUCUUUCUAGGCACCAAAGCGUUACCGCACAGUAUGCCGCGGCCAUACGGGACCUUGCUGAAGAAUUCAAAGACCAGCGAGUUGUCCUGGUUGAUCUUUGGGCCGCUCUCAUGAAGGAGGCAAUUGCUUUGACCCCUGACUACGUCGAAGGUGGUGGUCUGUUGGGUUCGAGAGAGAGGGGGGAUAGCCAAGGCUUUCGAAGGCUCUUAACGGAUGGACUUCAUCUCACUCCUGCUGGAUACAAGGUACUCCUGGAUACGCUACUGCCAUUAAUGGGGGAAGGUUGGACUGGUGACGCAGCCAAGGCCUCGUGGAUAUUUCCCGCUUGGGACUCGGAGGUCGCACCUCUACCACGCAAAUAA